AUGGGAGCAAGCGCCAACGGUGGAGCAGGCAUGGAGACGCUGCAAUCUUUUCCUCAACUAAGCAUUUCCGAAUUACUAUCCGUUCUCUCCGAAAUGGGAACGCCGGCGACAUCGGAGGAAUUGAGCAAACCUACACCAGAGUUCGCUGCAAAGGUGUUUGGAGCGUUUUUGGAGAGCUUGAAUGGAGUGACGGGCAAAUGGAUCGAGAGGCAGAGGGAUGCGAUUUGUGGUCAGCUGGAGUACAGAGUGAGUGUUUUUGAGUUGCCGAUGGGCUUGAUGAUCGAGCAGCGGCACGUGGGCGGCAGAGCUGGUGGGGCCAAAUGCUUUGAAGAGGUGAGAGGUGAGAGGGUGAGAUGGUAUAUUGCUUACACGAGCUGCGCGUCUUUUGCCUCCCAAAAGGAAUUGUAUGAAGAAGGCGUGCACCACAUGUUGCUCUUUCGUGAAAUGUGAGUCGAGGCGAGGCUUGAGCGGCCAAUGCGCACGCAAGGUACACACUUUUGUUGCUGACGCGCAGCCACUCCCACCCCGUGCACCAACGAUAGUCGAGCAAUGAUGACGCACGCAACGAUUCACGAUUUCGCAAUGGCAGACUUGACCAAACCGACGGCAAAGAGGUUCAAGAAUCACCUGUCUGCUCUCUCCAACUUUUGGCGAUUCAGUCAAGAUCGCGUCAUCGAAUUCGACGAUGCGGCUCGGGAUGGCGAUCAGCUGCUGGACCGAAGAGAGGAUCUGGUCAAGAGCGUGGAUGUGCUGCGCAAUGAGCUUCGCAACCAGACGUAAGUUUGGCGCCCAUCAGAUGCCGUCCGUCCCACGUGGUGUGCGCGCGCGCAACGUGCUGACAAGCAUCGUGCCCACAAUGUACGCCACAGGGAGCAACGAGCGUCGGAACAGCCCAAGGUGCUUGCGCUGAGGGAUGAGAACGCUGGUCUGUCCGACAAGCUGUUGGGUCUGAAGAAGGAGCAAGGCACGCUGAUGCAAGAUCACGACGUGUUCAAGACGGAAAAGGGAGAUUUGACUCAAAAGCUGCUAGAUCUUCAGUUCAAGCUCAACACUGCCAUUGCUGAUAUCAGGCGGUACCAGAAUCGAGCGAUCGAGUCACCCAACAAGCUGAGAGAGAUGUUGUCAGAGUUGGAGGAGCGAUACAAGCAGGACAAGGUGUCUUUGGGCGAUAGUCAGCGCAAGAUUCGAGAGCUUCAAGAGAAGCAAAAGGUAUUGCAAGGUGUAGAGACGGAGACGAAGUCGGCGCAGGGUCUGUUGCAGAGAGUGCUGGAACAGACGCAAAAGUAUGCGCAGGAAGAAGCGGCUAGGGAUCAUGCGUUGGCUACUUUUGCGGAUAAUCAGAGAGCGAGGGACGAGAUCGAGCUGAAGAAGGACUUGGUGGCUAGACGAUUGGCCAGCCUGACGCAGCGCAUCGAGAGGCUCAACAAGAGCAUCGAGACGAGAAGAGCGGAGGAGAAGAAGAGAGCUUUGGAGGUCGAGGCUGAAUUUGAUCGACUUUCGAAGGAGAAGGGCAAGAGGUCAGAGGAGGAAAAGGGCAAAGUGCAAGAGGCUGACGCGUACGAGAAGGAGGUGAGUUGGGCGGGAAUGAGCUGGGCCAGUUUCACUGCUGCGUGUGCUGAAAACGGUAUGACCGAUGCUUGAACGCGCAGUACACCGACUUGAUGCGCGCAUACGACGCUCACGUAGCGUACAUGAAGCAAGAGAGCGAAGUGAUCAAAGCUCGAGCACGUGAGUGUCCUUGUCUAAAGUGGACCCAGCACGCACUUUCCGUCGCAUCUUGACUGACCUGCUCUGCGGGCAUCCGAACCGCAUGUCGCGUCGCAGGAGAGUACAUGUCGGUCAUUCGACAGAAACUCAAUGUGCAGGUCUAG